AUGGGUGACACUCGGCUGCUGCGCCUCCGCAGGCUGCCAACGGAGGCUCCUUCAAAGCGUACACCAGAGGAACCAGCAGCAGCAGCAGCAGCAGCAGCAGCAACUGCAGCAGAAGAAGCAUCAUCAUCGUCAACAGCACCAUCAUCAUCAACAGCACCAACAGCAGCAACAGCAGCAACAGCAGCAACAGCAGCAGCAGCAGACUCUUCAUUAGAGUUCCCAGAGAGGGCAGACUUAGCUGCGGUGUAUGUGCUGCCCCUCUGUAGAGACACAGCAGCAAAUAUACCAUCAAAGGAGACACCUAAUUGGGGUGUACGUACACCUCAAGAGGAUAUAAACAAGAAGGCAUGCGUCUCCGCAGCAGCAUUCUGCAGCAGCAGCAGCAGCAGCAGCAGAUGCUGCUGCUGCAGCUGUGAUGUUAGUGUGUAUGCAUGCAUACUCCACUCAAGCGGAUCUGUGCUGCAGUGCAUGCGCUGGGAAGGGGUUAAACUGCAGCAGCAGCAGCAGCAGCAGCAGCAGCAGCAAAAUGGGGUCUUAAGCCACACAUGGAUCGUGGACCUUCCUCCCCAAGAGAAGGGAAGUCGCGUCUCUUCCUUGCGAUGGAUUGAAUUAGAGACAGGGACACUCGGGCUUCUUGUUGGUUGUACUUUCCUUUACGUGUACGUACACCGCAGGUUGGAGAAGCGGGGAUAUACUGCUGCAGUUGCUGUUGCUGGUGGUGCAGCAGCAGCAGCAGCUGCUGCUGCACCUGCCCCUCCAGAUGCAGCAGCAUCGAGGGCGAUGCGUGAGUUGCUGCAGCAGUUGCAGCAGCCCACGGAGGAACAGCAGCAGAAGGACACAGCAGCAGCAGCAAACAAGAACAAAGAAGGAGACACGCAAACAGGUCUACGAAGGAGGGGCCCCCUCGCCUUGGAGGCCUCGAAGCACAAGCAGCAGCAGCAGCAGCAGGAGCAGCAGGAGCAGCAGCAGCAGGAGCCCUCUUCGCCGACCCCUUUAUCUCCAGGUUCCAGCGGCGAGCUGGAGCAGCAACAGGAGAAGCAGAAGCAGCAGCAGCAGCAGGAGCAGCAGUUGCUGCUGCUGGCUGCUGUAGAGGCCCCUCUGCUGCAGGUUGGUUGGGUAGACAAAGAGAGGAAGGCCAUGAGGAUUUGUCUCUGUCCUUGGGACCCCACACUUGCUGCUCUUGCUGACUCUCUAGGCAGACAGAACAGGAGGGCUGCUGAUAUUCGCUCCAAAACGAGGGCUCGAAAGGUACACUGCAGCAGCAGAAGCAACGACGAUAACAGCAGCAGCACCACCACCAUUACCACCUCCAGCAGCAGCAACAGUACCAACAGCAGCAGCAGCAGCAGUAGCAGCAGCAGCAGCAGUGUUGGGGUGUAUAUACACUUUGGCUCGGAGACAGGUACAGCAGAAAGAGUUAGCGAAUUAUUGGCGUCAACUCUUCGUUCUCUAGAUGGGCCUGCUGCUGUCUCCGUCUCCGAUCUAGAGUUGAAGGGUUUCUGCAAGUGGCUACGGCAGCUGCAUCUGCAGGCUAUACAAAGAAAGGACUUUGCUGCUGCCCUAUCUCUGCUGCAGCAGCGAGCAGCUGCUGUGCAGAAGGAGGAGGAGGAGCAGCAACAGCAGCAGCAGCAGGAGCAGCAGCAGGAGACUGUAUUCUUAUGUGGGGUAUUUGCUGUCUUAGGCCUCUGCAGCAGCAGCUACCCUAGCAGCUAUAAUGCCAUGGCUGCUCGUACAUAUAAGGCAUUACGUAAGGUAUGCCGCAUGCAGCAGCAGCUGCAUGAGCUAGCAGCAGACAGCAGCAGCAGCAGCAGCAGCAGCAGCGACAGUAGCAGCAGCAGCAAGGAGGAGCUGCAGCAGCUGCUGCUGCAGCUGCUGCCAGCUAGAGAAGCAGAGGUUGUAGGGACAGUAGGGGAAUGUGACGAUAGAGGAGACACAGAAGCAGCAGCGCAGCAAUGGAUGGAGCAGCAGUUGCUGCCUGCUCUGCAGAAGCUGCUGCAGCAGCGCAGCAGCAGCAGCAGCAAAUUGCAACCUGCAGCAGGCAUGCCGCAGGGAGCAACGGGAAAUGAUGAAGCAGCAGCAGCAGCAGCAGAAGCAGCAGGGAUGAAGGCGGUGCAGAUGUGGUUAGACCAGCAUAAGCCUCCAACGGUAGUCGUUCUUCGUAAGACAGAAGGUGCAGCAGACGCAGCAAGCGACAUGCCCUUAGGGCAGCAGCAGCAGCAGCAGCAGAAGCAGCAGCAGCAGCAGCAGAAGCAGCGGCCCUGCUCAACAUCUGCUCGCUUUGCCUUUUCCAUGGAGCCGUUGCCGCUGCUGCGCAGCACCGAUCUGCUGCAGCGGGAGCCAGCAGCAGUUGACCCAACUGCAGCAGCAGCAGCAGCAGCAGAUGCAGCACAAUCUGCUGCUGCUGCUGCUGCUGCUGCUGCUGAUGCUGAUUGCCGCGAGUUAGAGUUUGAUGUCUCCUUGUCUCCUCGUCUGCGGUGUCACACAGCAGACACACUAUACGUGCUGCCACGCAACAACAGGCAGGAGGUAUUGUGGUGGUAUAAUGCCUUAGGGUUUAAGGAGAGAGGAAUAUCUCUUGAAGAUAAAAUACAUUUCUUAGAGGAGACAGUCCCCUUCCCUACUCCCUGUACAGUAGAGGAGCAGCAGCUGCAGCAGCGGUUGCUGCUGCUGCAUACCUGCGUGGACAGGAUUCGUCCCUUUGGGUCUGCUGCUGCUAUCCCCUCGGGGAUACACGAAGGAGUUUGUUCUUCUUAUCUCCUGUCUCUGCAACCAAUAGGAGGAGACAGCAGCAGCAGCAACAACAGCAGCAGCAACAGCAAGGAGACAAAGGAGACACCUGUUACUGCUCUUUGCUGCUGCAAACCUUCUUGCUUUAAGCUACCUGCAGGAGGAGACACUCCGUUGCUGCUUGUUGCUGCUGGCACAGGCAUAGCACCAUUUGCUGCAUUUGUUCGUCAUCUUGCUGCUGUAGGGGGAACGCAUGCAGCAGUGUGUCUCUUCUUCGGGUGUAUAGGCACCUCUUAUUUCUUAUAUAAAGAUUUAUUCUUGUCCUAUCUAGAUCAGCAACAACCGCAGCAGCAAGAGGUGCAGCAGCUGCUAGAUAUAUACAAGCAGCAGCAGCAGCAGCAGCAGCAGCAGAAGCCAGUGCUUAGUCGUUUAUUCCUUGCUCUUUCCCGUGCUGAUCCAAAGCGCAAGGUGUACGUACAGCACAAGAUAAUAGAAGAGAAGGAGUUGGUGUGGGGUCUGCUGCAGUCAGGUGCUGCCAUCUAUGUUUGUGGGAAGCCAGCAAUGGGGGAAGGAGUGCAGCAAGCAUUUGUGUCUGUUGCUGCUUCCUUUGUUGGAGAUAAGAAGGCAGAGGCACUCAUUCAGCGCAUGCAUGACACUGCUGCUAAGAUCGUUACUGUGCUUGCAUGCAGCUGGGCGAUAAUUAAGAGGCAGUAA